AUGAAUAAUAUUCUUAUCGAUUUAAUAAAAAUCGAACCGACGGUGACAAAACGAAAGGAACCUGUUGAUGAUGAUACUGUGACUAUGAAAACAUCAUUAUCAAUCAAUUCAUCAACGAAAAUUUCGAAUUCAACAGAUCAACGUUCAUCUUUAUCUCCAAUAUUAACAGCUCUAUCAACUAAAUAUACAACAUCAACUGAAAUAAACAAUAACACGAGUCUUAUUUUUGCAAAUCAAUCCACUUCAUUGUCAUUAUCAUCAACAUCUGCUACAAGUCAAGAAAUACCGAUGACUGUAGCAUCUAACAUAUUGGUUAGUUAUCUUGUUGAUCAAUUUAAUCAAUAUCGUGAUAUUGAUAUACUUUCUCGUAUAAAACAAUGUGAUUCAAAUAUGACACUUAAUGAUAUGUGUGAAACAUAUUCAUUUGAUAAUCAAACUUAUUCAUUAAUACGUGAAUCAAAUGUUGGAUUUCAAUCAUUACAAUAUAUUUAUGAUGCUCUUAUUGAUCGAAGUACUGUACAACAAUUAAAUACAUUUUGUUCAACUGCUCAAUGGUGUUUGACAAAUUUAACAACAUAUAGUAUACGUUUUACUGUUGAUAUUUUUCGACAACUUGGACAUUCAUUUUGUUCACUUGAAAGUUGUCAUCAUCGACUUCAGGCACAUAUAAAGGCAUGUCCAUCAAAUGUGACUACGAAUAUAAGUCAACCGACGCUAGCAUUAUUGCCAAUGUUAUGUACUCUUUAUCAAGAACAACAGAGUUGGAAUUCAACUGAAUGUUCUAGGCAAGUUGUGUAUCUUCUUCAUAUUCUUUAUGCAUUUUGGCCACAACUUGAAACAUGUUAUGCUGUGAUUACUGCUGGUUCUGGUGGUUGCACGUAUGAAUGUCUAGCAUUCGACUCUAUUUUUCAUGAAGUUGAAAAUCAAUGUAAUGGAGAAACUUCAUUUUUAACACGAGUUCCUGCUUUGGCUUGGUAUCAAUCAUUUAAUUUACAACAAAUGUGUCGUGAUGAAAUAAUUGUAACAAAACCUCCAUUUAUAUCUUCAGUAAAAAGUUUUAUUUCUUCAAAUAUGAUCUGGUAUCGAUUGCAUCAAAGACCUGUUCAUGCAGCUUUAUUUAUUAUUGUUGUCAUUUGUAUUGUGAUUAGUUUUUCUUUAUGUCUAUAUUUUAUGUCAAACAAUAUUUAUGAUUCAAAUACUCGACGUUUUGAUGAUGAUUAUAAAUAUACACGAUUACAUGAUUCAACAUUUGACCUUGGUGCAAAUACUGAAAUUUCAAAUAGAAAUUCAACAUUAAGUGGAAUAGAAGAUGAAUCACAAUUGGAUCUCAAUGAUAAUCUUCAUUCAUUAGAACAUCAACGAUUAUUGUAA